AUUAUUUUACCUCACAUCUUUCGCUCCAAAAACACAAAGCAAACCGCAAGAAAAUGACUAUCCUCAGCAAGAACCAUCGCCCUCUUCGUGCUGCUCUCGGCGCUCUUGUCAGUCUUAUCCUCAUCCCCCAACUCAUCGGUACUGCGGAAGCCUCCAUUAAUAUUUUCGGCCCCUGCGAGGACGACGUCUGCGUGAGGACUUUCCCACAAUCCUGCGCGGAUCUCGUGCACGAGCACGACUUCAGUGAUUGCUGUGCUCUUUCUCCGAGUCAGGACGGUAGUGAAUGCACCUUGACAGCGGGCCCUGCUUGUGUCUACGAAACUCGCUUUUUCCCUUGCGUUGUGGAGGGCUUUUGUUUGAAUGUAUUGUGUCUGGCUAACCAUGUGUUUGCGUACAGUGAGGAUGCCUACUAUGGAUACAGCGCCUUACCAGAUACAUGCCCUGUUCCCGACUUUCCCAUCCCACCGCCCUCUCAAUCUGAAAGCGUCUAUCACUUGUCCAUGAGGUUCUCUGGUGCGUUGGCGUUGUCUUGGGGGGAUCAUUCUGAUCAUCCCGACUCUACCACCACUGCCUGGGAUGCCGCCACCACAGAGCACCUCCAAACCUAUUUUGAACACCACCCUGAACUUGGUGUCCGUGAUGUCUUGGCCAUCCCACAAGUCUACCCCGUCAUAACAGGGGACCCCACGACGAACUCGGUGGCAGUGCAUUUCCUGCAGUUCCUUUCUUGGCGGAGCGCCACUGGUGUAAGCGCCAACGCUACCGAUGCCAAUGCAACGAGCGCCGACAUCAAUGGCACCUACAUCAUCGAACAAGCCUUCAACACUGAGGACGGAAAGCAAACCUAUUUGGAGCUGCUGGUCAACAGUACCAGCACCUUCUUUGAACGCGUGACCCGUGUCUCCAAUGUGGAAAAGUUUGAGAUUCCUUGCCCGCCGUUCAUUGCCAAAGCCGCAGAGAGUGUACCUCUGGAGAAGGAAACUUUCCAGGAAGGAGAAGCUUUGGUGCCAGAGGAACUAGGAGAAGAAAUGUUGAUGGGCGAGUCUUCUGAUGCAUUUUCUUGUGGUUCUGUGGGUUCUGUCCUUGUGUGGCUGGCUCUUGCCGUCGCCCACUUGUAAGGUUGUCAGCCAAGAAAUCAACCGAAAUAUCUCCAACACCUUACAAAAGCAACAACAGAGAAAACGCAAGAUGAAUCUACCGUGCGUCAGUGUAACAAAAGCAACAAAACAUGACUCCAAAGAGCGCAGAAACAACAGAAAUAGAGGACGACUUUAGGAGGAAAACCAAACUAACGAAAACAACGAACUGCAUGUAUCUUCCUGGAACCUAGCAAAUGGGAUAAUGUCCAGCAGUGGUUUAAAUAAAACGUAACUAUUAUGUAGCCCCCCCACGACGGACAGCCCGG